AUGGCAACUGUGAUUUUUGUUGAUCAAGAGAAUGGAGUUGUUUGUCCUACUACACUGUUGAAGGAUCAUCUUAAACCAGCAAACACUGGAAAACCCUUCUUUAAAAGUCAACCAGGAAAAGUUGUUUGGAGCAGCUCUGGAACUGUGCAGCCAAGAAAAAGCUCUGGGAAAUGUCAACACAGCAGUUCCACAUGGAAAGGGGGCACUUGGAGUGAAGAAUUCUUGCACCAGUUACCAAGCAGAUUUCUGAAGCCUGCUUCAAAACCCAGCAAGCAAAGUUACCGGGUAGAGAUUGAAAAGUGUCUUCCUUACCAUCCUGAAGAGUUUGAAACGUUUGAUGUUCCUGAAGAGCAUAAAUUGAGCCAUCUCUACCUUGCUGGAGUUCCCCUUAUUGUGUAUGAAAAUGAGGCUGCAAAGUUUGGUGCAUUGUCAACCUUGGAGCCAGCACCAAUGGAUAUUCCAGUCUUUAGCUGGGAAUCAGAUAUGUCAAGUAUACUCCCGGAUUACCUGGCAACCCUAGAUGAGAUCACACUUUCCAUGCCGAAGAUGGAGUACUGUUUGUUUUAA